AUGCUUCAGUCAAUCCAACACCCGGGCAUCAUCACACAAAAUACUCUCUACCACGUUGUCUACGAGCACAUGCCGCGAUCCCGUCAGGAAGCCAUUGGGAAUCCGUAUCAUAGCCGUCAACGCCUGACAGCGGUAGGACAGGUAAUUGAGGCGCUCGUUCAUCUUGAGCGAAAAGGACUACACAGUCGUCUCAGCUGCUCGCACGUUCUACUUCACCCAAGUAGGAGGAUCAAUCUGAGUAACUAA